UCGGAUCGAAAAGCAUUGGGCACAGGAAAGGAUGGCAUUCUCCCCCUGCCGCCUCCUCCGUCUCGUCCCCCGUCACCGGACCCUCGCCACCGCUGCUUCCUCCUCCCGGGCCGUCGCCGUGUUCUGGGACCUCGAUAACAAGCCGCCCAACACCAUCCCGCCCUACGACGCUGCCGUCCGCCUCCACCUCGCCGCCGCCUCCUUCGGUCCCCUACGCUUCUCCGUCGCCUACGCCAACCACCACGCCUUUCGCCACCUCCCUGCCCCCGUCCGUGCCGCUCGCGCCGAACGCCGUGCUGCCGACCACCUCGAGGCUGCGAAACCCUCCCGUGUCCCCUCCUACCUCUGCCGCGUCUGCGGCCGCCGCUUCUUCGCCCACGCCAAUCUCGUCAACCACUUCAGGCAGAUCCACGAGCGCGAGCAGGAGAAGCGCCUCCGCCGCAUCGACUCGGCCACCGGCGGCCGCAGGGUCCGGCUCGUGGCCGCGCUGUCGCUGAAGAUGGAGAAGUACAAGAAGGCAGCGAGGGAACUGUUGACCCCCGAAGUCGGGUACGGACUCGCCGACGAGCUCCGCCGGGCUGGGGUUGUGGUCCGGACUGUCGAUGACCGACCGGAGGCGGCCGACCGGGCGCUGAGAGAGCACAUGGUGGAGACGAUGGAUCGGGGGAAGGUUGGAUGCUUGGUGUUGGUCUCGGACGAUUCCGGGUUUCUUGGAGUGAUGAGAGAGGCCAGGAUGAGGUGUUUGAAGACGGUUGUGGUGGGGGACGAGGGCGACGGGGCAUUGAAGAGGUACGCAGAUUCAGCGCUGUCAUGGAAGGAUGUAGUCUCGGGCAAGGCAAAGAAGGAGGCGGCCAGUGCAGUGGGCAGGUGGAAAGAUCGGGAUUUACUGAAGAAAUUAGAGUGGAGGCAUAUGCCAGAGGAAGAGGAAGGCGAAAGUGAUAUUUUUGAUGAUGACAGUGACGCUGGGGAUGAGGAAGAUGGGUGCCUGGGCUUGGUGGGAGAGGGAGAUAAGAAACCUUGGUGGAAGUUGAAUUCAGAUUCAAAUGAUCUACAUUAAUAAAUCAUCUUGAGAGGGGUUAUCAUUCAUACAAGAAAAGCACUAAUGUAGUGUAUGAGAACUGAUUUCUGUUGAGGAAUAUGCACUUCUCAAGUUCUCCGACAAAGAGAUCAUUCAGAAAGACUGGAUAAUUGGGGUAAGGAUGCAAUAAGGAUCAUCCUGAAACGGGUUGCCAUCUGUAAAGAGAAACACUGAUGUAUAAUGUGGGAACUUAAUUGAUGUGGAGGAAGAUGCAAUUCUUGAGAUUUUUAGCAAAGAUAUAUCCUUCCAGAAAGACUGGGGGGAGGUUUGGAUUUCAUAUUUGUGAGUAGGAUGCAAAUGCGGACUUCUCUGGAUCUAGUUUGUUGAUAAUUUGUUUCAAUGAUGCAACUUGACCUGUUCAUCGGAUUACCAUCUUGUGGUAAAGGGGGAGAAAACUGCAGGUUUGAUAAUCUAAUUCUAUUGGAGUUGAUUUCAGCCAGCAAUGUGUUCAAUGGUGCUGACAAGCUUUUGCACAUGAACUUCCUUUUUCUCUUCAGGUACUUUUUCAAGCUGACAUGCAAUAAGAGGAUGUAGAAGAUUCAAAUCGACUUCAUCAGAGGAAGGAGAAAUAGAACCUUCGAUUAAUGGAGAAAUUUUGUCCUAAAUAAUCCUCAUAGUUGGAAAAUAUGUGUCUGGUUGAAAAUUGUGGAAAUUAUUCUGCUCUAUUUGUUCACAAGAAAGCUAAGUUUUAUAUUGAAUAUCAGAAAUAUCUUUGCAGAAAAAUUCAGCUUCUCGUUAAAGCAAUGUUUCUCACAAAGAAUCCCUCAAUCAACCAGUUCAUCUUCUCUCAUGUCAGAAGAACUUUGUUGCUUUUUUCCUUUCCUAAACACACACUAAUUGCUGGAAAUACUGCCUGAGUUACAGUGACUGUUUGUGCUUUUCCCAUAAAUUUGAAUGCUUCAACUGUUCUAGAUUAAAAUAUUGGCUUAGUUGAUUGAUGUCUUGUCCUUAUAAUCAAAUUGGCUAAUUGUUACUACCAGCCUCUCUGCAAGUAUAUUGAGGCAAAUCUUGGAAGAUUUUUUGGUGCCCUGCAAAGGGAGAAGCAUAAACAUGUAUAUUGUGAUUUGUCUUUUUAUCAUGGAACAAUAUUACUAUUUUGGAUACUGUCCCUAGCAUAGACUACACGAAAAGAAUUCAAGUAGGAAGUUCCACUAUACUUCAUUCCCAUCAAUUCCUAUCAGAUACCUUCCUUUUGUUGUUGGCCAUGACUCCAUUCCACCAUAUGAGCACAUUACCAACCUAUUCUUCUUUUCCUCUGUUCUGUUAUUAUGUAAAUGUGGAAAGGUAUGAUUAGCAAAACUGAUGGUUGCUUUACCGAUAGCCUGUAGUAGUCAUUCGUGUAGAAGUCUUCUCGAUCAUUGUCAUUCUUGACUGUACCUUCAAUCUGGGAUCAUCUGCGAUGCACACAACACUGGACACACAAAUAAAAACAUCCCCAUGAAAUUGUUAAAGAAGGUUGAUGGUAGAGUGUCCAUAGUUGGUAGGAUUUAUUUAAUGAUUUGUAAUAAAGCAUUACGUGAAGCAUUCAGAAAAUUGUAUCAAGCUAAUCAAGAAUUUGGAUAAAGGGUGAAAUAGAAAACUAUUUCAAAGUUACAAGCAAACUAAUGGACUUAGAAAUGUUGAGAUCUUUUGUUGUGUUCUAUAGUUGAUUUACAAGUAAACUAAUGACUAAUAUAGGAUGCUUGUCUGUGUAAUUGAUGGUCUAGAAUAGAUAGGUAUAACUGGUAUGAUAUUGACUUCAGCAACUUUCCAGUUUUUUAGGAAAAUAAACAGGAACUUCCAAGCUGACAUUAAUUGCUUUGAGAGAUUGAAAUGGACAAAACCAACCGCAAAGAGGACUUGGUCUCUACAGUGUACAAAUUCUUUGUGAACUUGCACCAAUUUCUCCGAUGAUUGUCAGUCAGACCCAAGUAUUAGCUCACUCUGAUACCUUGGUAUCCUUUUCUUUUGUUCAUUUCAUAUGAAAAUCAAUAUACAGAGCAUACUUUCCUUGAGUCAGGCGCACACCAAUGUGUCUGACAGAUAUAGCUCAAGAAAUCUAUUGAAGCUACUGAUUGCUUCUUGCAUUGCUUUUAUUGAAACUGAUAUGAGAAUAUCCUGGAACCACAUCUUGUAUUUCUUUGUGACCUUUUUUAAUGAUUAUAUUGAACGCAUUCUUCAAAUAUACUGCUUCCAUAUAUAUUUGGUCCUUCAGAGGAUCAGUUGUCAGUUAUCUUCCCUCAUUUUGUUGUGUGUGUGUGUUGAUGGUGAAUGACACGAUGAAGGUGAUGAUUUCGCUAAGCCCAACACCACGAUCUUGAGCCUCUGUUGCAAAUAUUUGUGUAGAAAGCCAGAAAUGAAGCUGUUUUUGUGGAAUUGAACCAGUGAACUCUACAUGGUUUGGAUCUCCAGUAUGACCAAGGAUCUCCGAGCUCAGUUGAACUCUAAAGGCCAUUCUCUCCAAAGGCAGACUUGGGUUUGUUGAGACUUGGUUGAGUUGGCAUAACCUGAAUUUUGAUUAUUCUUACAUCAAUUUAGGUGAUAAGAGUGUUCUGCAUUCUAAGAAGUGUUGAUGGUGUGCUCAUCUUUGCAAGGUGUCCUUUGAAAAGUCCUAAAAUUUGUUCUCUUAUGUGAAGCCUUGGCACUCAAGGACAUAUUUCAGCAGGCUCUUGAUGAAGGAAUCACAUAUAUUUGGGCCAAUAUUGAUUCAGAAGUUCUGAUUCAAAUUAUAGACCAUACUUGUGCACCAUGGCAGAUUAGCCAUGAAUUUUUUUUUUUUUCUUUGAAUUGCUAAGUAAAACUGGGAUGUGUGGAUCAAAUCAAUGGAUCUGAUAACAUGGCACAUUGUUAGUGUAGAAAGAUCAUAAAUUUGGAUCUUCUAUUGGUCUUAGCACUUCCGUGAAAUUCACUGCAGGAAAAAAUAGUUGAUUUCAUGAAGUGCUUCAUGGUUUGACCACAAAAUCCAUACUUCAAUAUUCCAAUUUUAGGAUUUGCUGUAAAUACAAUAAUCAACCGUUAUAUUACUUCUAAUUUCUUCCCACUGUUUGAGAGAGAUUAUAGUAGUGGACAUGAGGAGGAUUUUACACCAAGUUUAAAUCACCCAAUAAAGGAUUUGAUGCACUUGAGAUUCAAAUGCUUCUUGUUCAUGCUUGUCUAUACUUGAUCUCUGGUAUGUGCAUGACUGUGUAGUAGGCUUUUCUAUAGAGAGCAAAUCUACCAAAGGAUCAAAAGCCUUAGCAGCAUCUUUUGGUGCUCUACAGACAAGGCGUAUGGAGUCCCUGGGACACUGUUGGUGGAGCCUUUCUAUGAUAUGUUGCUUGCAAUGAAGGAGGAGAAACUUCCUCGAGCUCAUAUAAUAUCAAGGUACACUCUUGAUGACAGAGACCACUAUCUCAGAUUCAGCCAAAUUGAAGUUGGUAGUGAUUGGCACUGUCUCAGAUGCAAGUAAAGCACAAGAUGUUCAAAAGAUUUAGCUUCCAACUUCUGAGAUGCUCUCCAGAGAAGGAUGCCAGUGUUGGGCUUUCGCUGCCAUCUGCGUGCCGCUCCUUAGCUGAUCCCUGUCCUGCUAUUUUACCUGCAUCACCUAAAGAAUAGGAAAACCAUUGAGAACGCCCUCAAACAGCUGACGGUCUUAUUACUGUUUUCUGAUCAGUUCAUCCUGCCUCUUCUUGAGCUUCUCAUGCUUCUUUGCCCUCAGAGCCACCAUGACCUCUGACCAAGAAAGGAUCAGCAGACUUUCACUGUUAGAAUACAUUAGAAAGCUAAACAAGCAAGGAUCGCAAAUUUCAUUGUGGAAUCAACAGAUCAGAACUUUGGGAGGUGAUGAGCCAAUACACUUGGCCGAGCAUGAGCAAUUCCUGCUGCUCCGCUGCGACACAGAGCGUGAUGAGGGCAACGUGGUAGCCCGGGUUGUUCUUCAUGACCUCUGUGGCACUCGUCUGCCAGUAAAGCCGCUCCACCCUCCCUCCAGGGUGCUGGAUCACCACUGCCUCUGAUGCUUGGCAGUUCCCCAUCCUCCUCCCUCUCUGUCAAUGCAGGAAUGGAGAAUCUGCAGCUUCCGUUAGGUUGAAGUCUCAGAACACUUGGAUAUAUGGUAGUGUGUGUCAUGCACGGAAUGUAAUGCAGAGCUAGAGAGAGAAUGCUGAGGCAAGGGAAGCACACAUGGUUAGUGGCAUGACGUCUCACUUGCAGCGGGUUGAGGGAGUUAUCAUCUAUUGCUUGCAGCAGCAGCAGACAAGGGCGUGAGAUUCUUCUUGUCAUGGGUGUUUGUGGGCUGGAGAAGUCACAUUACAAGGAAGAAGAUAAGACACUGAAUCACCGAUAAAGACAACCUCGUUGCUCUUUUUCUACUCACCAGCUCAUGGGAUGGAACUUGGGGUGUUAUGGAGUGUCAAAAGCUGUGCCCUUACUGUGAUCAUAUUCAUGGUCCACUGUUACCUAAAUAGAGAUCGUCUUCUUUGUUCAUAUUUCUUUGGUGUUGCCUUUGGGCAUCAGGAAGCAGUAUGUAUGUGCUCGUUGUUGCUCCUCACCAUCAGUGUUGCUUCAGGACAUGCUUCUCGUUUCAGAGAGUCCACAAGAAACCUUAGCUCAGGGAGGUUACUUCAGCUCCAUGUUCAUUUUACAUUAUCUGCAUGGUUGAAUUAAGUAUGAUGUUUUAAGUGUUAGCUUGUUGGACUGAUGAAUACUGUAAGUUAUAAUUUGUCUAAGUUUCUCUUCCUUGGAAACAAUCCUUCCCAGUUUUGAGGUCCCUUCAUUUGGUCCACAAUCCACAUGGCCAUCAAAUUAAUCAGAGGGUAUGUGAAGUGUUGGAGUAAUCACACAGUCCAACCUCAUGCCCACUCUUUGUUCCAACAAAAAGCCAACAUGAGUUGAUGACCUAAAUAUGCCUCUCUUCCGCAAAGUUCCUAAGCAUGUUGUAGUUGUUUUGUUUAACUAGAGCAUGUGGGUUCUCUUUUCAAACACCUUUUUGUCAUAAUUACGUUCUCGAGAGAAUAGAAUCCAUAUCAUGCUUAAGUCCACUUGGAUUGGAUUCACGUCUUUGUUUUAUUCUAAAACCAUUGAGUCAAGAUAAUCCAUGAUAUGUUUUCAUCUCAUGUGCAAGAUCUUAAUCUACAUAUUGUUUCUGAAAAAUAGUAACAUGGCUCUUCAAGAUAUCUCAUCAUCCAUAGUUGUGACUUCUAUGUAUUAUUGGAUUAAUUAGAAUGAACCUUGUCCCAUUAUAGGACAUGGAUGAAUUAUUAUGUUUGUGUGCUGUUUCUAAGCAAAGUUACAGAAGAUUUAGUAGUUUAUUUUGGUCUACAAUAUUGUUCAGACAGAGGGACAGUAGCAAAGAAGGUAGAGAGAUUGUGAGCAUGAGAAGAACUGCUACAAGACACCAACACAAAGGAAAUGUACAGACUUGCAGUGUCAGUAGGAAAAUGCUUUCCUUGUUGAUCUGCUUUGCUGGUUUAAAUGCAACACAAACACAGCCUGUGCCAAGUUUCAGGCAUGACUUGGGACUCCAUAAUGCAUUCAUCUCUGCGAGUCGCUCCAUUAUUACUGGCUUGCAGCUGCCACCACAAAGGUCCAAUUGCAGAAGAAGGAUUCUUGAAUAUCAAAAACAAUAGAAUGAAUUGAUAUUUUGAUUAAUGUGUUAUCCAAACUGGAUGCUUUGAUGGGUAAAAAGACUCAUUUCAGCAAUUUAUGUGUGAACAUGUAGAUUAACUUGAACAUGCCAAAAACUGAAAGAAACAAGAUGUAGAUUAACUUGUCAACCUUGUGAAUAGAUUCCACAAGCAGAUGUGAUUUCUUCU